AUGUUCCGGUACCGUCAAUUGGCCUCUUCUAAUACUGCUCUAGUACUGGACCUUCCACAAAUUUACACUAAGCCUUCGUCGCAACAAUUAUUAGAUACCCUAUCUCUGCUCAGCCUGGAACCCCAAUCAUGGGACAAGGCAGCUACCCAAACCAAGCCUAAAGUGCGACCGAAUGGCCUUCCGCAAUACCUUACACGAAUUGUCUCGAGCCCGUUACACUGGAUUGAAGAUGACGUAGAGAAAGAGAAGAUUUGGGAUUCUGCUUCACUGCGCCUAAGCGAGCGUUCUGGUCGUACUGGCAUGGGUGCUAUCAGUCGUUCGUUCUCCAUACCUCUGGCUGCUGAGCCUACCAACAACUCAAACACGACCAUCCAAGUCAGCAUCCACGAACCUGCGCUGACUGAGGAUAACCUUGGCCUCAAAACAUGGGCCUCCUCAUUUGUCUUUGCACGGAACUGGCAUGCUCUUCGCGAUCGCAUUCCCCUGAUCUUUGACAAGGAUGAAAAUGCAACAAUCCUGGAACUAGGCGCUGGUACAGGUCUUGUCGGUAUUGCCGCAGCAGCUGUGCUAGGAGCAGACGUACUCUUGACUGACCUGCCCGAGAUCGUACCGAAUCUUGAACGAAACAUCACCUCGAAUGAAGACAUCAUCAAUUCCAGAAACGGAUCCGCCCGUGCUGCUAUGCUUGAUUGGACAGUGCCGGAGAAGAUCAUAUACCCCGAAAAGACAAACGAGUCAAGUCGACCUCUCGUCGCCGAGGAAGAAAGCUCAACAUAUCCUCUCAUUGUUGCCGCCGACCCUAUCUACUCCAAGGAACACCCUGGGUGGUUAGUUCAAACAAUCAACUGCCACCUUAGUCAUGUUCCCGAUGCUCGCGUCUUGAUCCAGAUACCUAUCCGUGAGGCUUACGCGGAAGAGCGCGCCGACCUCAAAGAUCGCAUGAUUAGCAUUGGCUUGGAACUAUGUCAUGAGCAGACAGAGACUGGCUACGAUGACUGGAGUGAUGGACAAGGCGAGGAGCUGAGUGAAGUCGAGUGCUGGUUGGGCAUGUGGAAAUGGAAGAACGCGUAG